CGGUACGGAUCGUCCUUUAUUUUCUAUGACAUUUUGCUUAUGUGCCGUUUUAUUGUGGAGAUAACAGAGCGAUCUUCUGGUGCGACGACUCAGGCGCUCGUCUAACGCACACGUGCUCUACGUGUCCGAUUGCGGCGCUCCGAGAUAAAACUGUCCACUGGAUAUCGUGGCAGUUUAGUACCGAGUAUACAUCGUGAUCUCGUACGUACCGGUGUAAAACACGAACUCCUAGGAUACUUCGUUUUAAACCGCAGUACGUUUGUGUAGAGAUGACUUUUGGUAUCGCUUUUCCUCUCCCGAUACUGAUCCUGAAAGCUUGCGCGUCAGCAGAUUAUCGAUACCCGUUCCGGAUUUUUCUUCAUCACUACUGAGCUCUAAAAUGAUUAUUUAAAAAAGAAACCUUAAAUACUUCCGCUUCUGUCCCUCUCCACGGCUCGAUCACAGAUUUAACGUUUCCUGUGGGUUUUUUUCUUUCUCUUCUCCCCCUUUUUCAGACAUUUUAUUUGAUCAGUUUCUGCGCUUCUAGUUACUAAAUUUCAGCUCUGCACUAGUUUGUACAGAAAAAACAGCGCGUCGUCAUGUCUAGAAUAGCGGUUUUAAAUCCUCUUGUUUGUUUGUUUGCAGAUGAUGAUGACGUCUUCCUGUGUGGGAAGUGUAAGAAGCAGUUCAACUCCUUGCCGGCGUUCUUGACUCACAAAAGGGAGCAGUGCCAGCAGAACACGCCCUCGCUCGCCACCGUGUCACUGGCGUCCAGCAACACUUACACGCCUGUACCCUCGGUCAGCGCCGUGCCACAACCUCCGGCCAACAGACAGGUGUCGACGUACAUCACGGUGCCGCCGGCUCCUCUCACACACACCUUGGUGCAGGGGAACGUUCUGGUGAGCGACGAGGUUCUCAUGUCGGCCAUCUCGGCGUUCACGUCCAUGGACACCCCAGUCACGGCCAUGCAGGCUUCCUCUCAGAGUAAUUUGAGCCUGCCCAGUGCAGCAUCAUACCUGCAGCACCAACCACAGGCCUCUCAGCCCCUCCCACUGGCCCAGGCUCCACCCCUUUCUGCACAGGUUCCCACCAGUAUCAACAGCCCAAUAGUGCAGGUGUACAGCACACUGCCCCCGAUGGCUGGAGGAGGAAACGCAGAGGUCCACACACUCGGCCUCCAACAGUUCCAGUCUGUUCAGGGUGGUGGUGGUCAGUGUGCGGACAGUCAGACUGCAGCCUUCAGCAGCGCUCCCGUUUACAGUUCGGCUAAACCGGCACAGAAGCUGAAGAGCUGCAGCAGCACUGUGACUCUGAGCGAGCUGAGCGAAUACGACAAGGUCAUCAUCCCCAAAAAGACCCGCAACUCCAAGAAAGGCCAGGAAGCAGGUCAAACAAAAGCCAAAGGUCAGAAGCUUAAGUGCAGUUUCUGUGACGAGGUUACUCAGGAUAAAGAGAACACAUCCAGCGAGCAAGAGCACGGUCCGAGUAAAAGUCGAGCGUGAGAGAUCGGGGGGAAUGCGCCAGGGCUUCCACGUGGAGUCGGUGGAAUCGACGAUUUCAAAACACCGGUACGGAUCGUCCUUUAUUUUCUAUGACAUUUUGCUUAUGUGCCGUUUUAUUGUGGAGAUAACAGAGCGAUCUUCUGGUGCGACGACUCAGGCGCUCGUCUAACGCACACGUGCUCUACGUGUCCGAUUGCGGCGCUCCGAGAUAAAACUGUCCACUGGAUAUCGUGGCAGUUUAGUACCGAGUAUACAUCGUGAUCUCGUACGUACCGGUGUAAAACACGAACUCCUAGGAUACUUCGUUUUAAACCGCAGUACGUUUGUGUAGAGAUGACUUUUGGUAUCGCUUUUCCUCUCCCGAUACUGAUCCUGAAAGCUUGAGCGUCAGCAGAUUAUCGAUACCCGUUCCGGAUUUUUCUUCAUCACUACUGAGCUCUAAAAUGAUUAUUUAAAAAAGAAACCUUAAAUACAUGGCUAAAAACACAACUUGCACACAAUUGCAGCUUUUUUUUUUUUUUUACCUCCCCAGCUGAAAUGUUUUACACAGAAAUCACUUGUAUAGCGAAUAAAAUAUAGAAUAAAAAUACUAUUUACAAUCCUAAAAAAAUUAAAGUCUUGUUAUAUGUAAAUAUUUCCAGUUCCAAGGGGGAAACCCCCAACCCAAAAUUCCAAUCUUCUCCAUUUGUUACAGGAUUGGAUACAUUUUUUCCCCCUCUCGUCAACUCCCCAAGAUCCUGACUUUAUUAUUUUUCUUUUUUUAAACUCUCUUUUCAUUUGUUUUUAUCUCGCUGUCAGCUCUGGAGUUUGCUGGUUUAUCUAUGUUAGCUCGUUAAAAUGUGACGUGACAGUUAACCGCUUCUGUCCCUCUCCACGCCUCGAUCACAGAUUUAAUUCAAUUCAAUUCAAUUUUAUUUGUAUAGCGCUUUUUACAAUAGACAUUGUCUCAAAGCAGCUUUACAGAAAUAUCAACAUGGUAUACAGAUAUUAAAGGUGCGAAUUUAUCCCAACUGAGCAAGCCACUGAGUGGCGACGGUGGCAAGGAAAAACUCCCUAAGAUGUUUUAAGAGGAAGAAACCUUGAGAGGAACCCGACUCAGAAGGGAACCCAUCCUCAUCUGGGUAACAACAGAUAGUGUGAAAAAGUUCAUUAUGGAUUUAUAUGAAGUCUGUAUGGCCUUAGGAGCAGCCGUAGUCCCAGCAGUCUGGAAUUAAAGAUUUGAGCUCCAUCCAGAGGCAGAAAGGAUCUGGAUCUCUAGUAUCUCCAUAAAUUCAUGUGGGGCUCGGCGAAAGGAGAGAGGGAGAAAAAAGAUUAUUAUGACUGCGAAGUAGUAGAACAGAAUCUAGUCAGGGUAGGCUUGAGUAAACAAAUACGUUUUAAGCCUAGACUUAAACACUGAGACUGUGUCUGAGUCCCGAACACUAAUAGGAAGAC